ACAGAGAUUAAGAAUCAUCAGCGCGAUUCCCCAGUUGCUCCGCAGGGCAACAAGGAUUUGUGCCUGGCCUUCUAGGCACUUUUGGAGUAAGAGAAUGCUGAGGUUGACCUCUCGGUUCCUCCAGGUGACAGAGCAGAUGCACCAUGAACAGGUCCAAUGAGACCUCCCCUGUAAUGGGGUUCAUCCUCCUGGGCCUCUCUGCCCAUCCAAAGCUGGAGAGGACGUUCUUCGUGCUCAUCCUGCUGAUGUACCUGGUGAUCCUGCUGGGCAAUGGGGUCCUCAUCCUGGUGACUAUCCUUGACUCCCGCCUGCACACGCCCAUGUACUUCUUCCUGGGGAACCUCUCCUUCCUGGACAUCUGCUACACAACCUCCUCGGUCCCCCUCAUCCUUGACAGCUUCCUGACCCCCAGAAAAACCAUCUCCUUCUCAGCCUGCGCAGUGCAGAUGUUCCUCUCCUUUGCCAUGGGAGCCACAGAGUGUGUGCUCCUGGGCAUGAUGGCGUUUGAUCGCUACGUGGCCAUCUGCAACCCCCUUAGGUACCCUGUGGUCAUGAGCAAGGCUGCCUAUGUGCCCAUGGCUGCCAGCUCCUGGGCAGCUGGUAUCACCAACUCUGUGGUACAGACAUCCCUAGCAAUGCGACUGCCCUUCUGUGGGGACAGUGUCAUCAACCAUUUCACCUGUGAGAUCCUGGCAGUUCUAAAGUUGGCCUGUGCUGACAUCUCCAUCAAUGUGGUCAGCAUGGUUGUGGCCAACAUGAUCUUCCUUGCACUCCCAGUCCUGUUUAUUUUUGUCUCCUAUGUCUUCAUCCUUGCUACCAUCCUGAGGAUCCCCUCAGCAGAGGGGAGGAGAAAGGCCUUCUCCACCUGCUCUGCCCACCUCACAGUUGUGGUCAUCUUCUAUGGGACCAUCCUCUUCAUGUAUGGGAAGCCCAGGUCUAAGGACCCGCUGGGGGCAGACAAACAAGACCUUGCAGACAAACUCAUCUCCCUCUUCUAUGGGGUGGUGACCCCCAUGCUCAACCCCAUCAUCUACAGCCUGAGGAACAAGGACGUGAAGGCCGCUGUGAGGAACCUGGUGGCUCAAAAACACCUAACAGAGUGACUGUCACAGAUUCCCAGACUGCUCAAAUGCAUACCCUCCAAAUGCCUCAUUGUUCUCUUGUGGAAAUGGUAACCAGGGAG